AAGAGUUUCCGGUUCCGGGUUUCUCGGCGGGCGAGAAGGGCCGUUGAGGCCCCAGGAGCAGGGCCAUGGAGAAGCUGCGGCGAGUCCUGAGCGGCCAGGACGACGAGGAGCAGGGCCUGACCACGCAGGUCCUGGACGCCUCGUCCCUCAGUUUCAACACCAGGCUGAAGUGGUUUGCCAUAUGCUUCGCCAGUGGCGUCUUCUUCUCUAUUCUUGGAACAGGAUUGCUGUGGCUUCCUGGUGGCAUAAAGCUUUUUGCAGUGUUUUAUACCCUUGGAAAUAUUGCUGCUUUAGCCAGUACAUGCUUUUUAAUGGGACCCGUGAAACAACUGAAGAAAAUGUUUGAAACGACGAGAUUGCUUGCGACGAUUGUUAUGCUUUUGUGUUUCAUACUUACCCUGUGCGCUGCUCUUUGGUGGCAUAAGAAGGGGCUGGCCUUGUUAUUCUGCAUAUUGCAGUUCUUGUCAAUGACCUGGUAUAGUCUGUCAUACAUCCCGUAUGCAAGGGAUGCGGUAAUUAAAUGCUGUUCUUCUUUGCUGAGUUAAAAAUCAGAAACUCUUUGAAAAAAGCGUUUGAAAGCCGAUGUUCUGUUUUUGGUGAAGUAUACUUUUCCUGAUACAUUAAUCACUCCAAAAAAAACAGCCGCACUGACCAUUUAAGACCAUUGUGUAUACUGAUAAAAACUACAUGCUAAUUAAACUGUUAAAUGCUUGUGACGUUAAAUUCAUUUUGUGUCAUUAAGAUGCUCUUCCAGAGAUAAGGAGAUUUUAAUCAUUGCCAACUGUAAAUGAUUUUUAGCCAGUUUUUUAAUCUUUUCUAAACAGCAUCUGAGAUGUGUAUAUUUAAGGGUAAACCUAUGCUGCAAGAUAUAGUCAGCUUUUUUGGUGGUUUUAAAAUGUCAACAUUUUAAAAAUAUCUUUUUAAAAUAAAAACUUUAAAUGUGAAAUUUUUAUAAGCUAAAAAUUGCUAAUUAUAUGUAAUAAAAAUAAUAUAUAAAUCUUUAUAAUUUUGAAAUAAACCCACACUUGGGAAAAACA